UAUAUAAAUAUUAUUAAAAAUGUUAUUAGCCUCAGUACUGAGAAGCAGAAAGAAUGCUUCCAUGAUCUAUAGAGCAGCAAGGAACUUCUCACAGACCAUGACUUGUAGAGAAGCAAUCUACUCGGCCAUGGACGAAGAAAUGCAAAGAGACUCCAAGGUUUUCCUCAUGGGAGAAGAAGUCGCAAGAUAUUACGGAGCGUACAAAGUUUCAAAAGAUUUGUUCCAAAAGCAUACAGAGGAUAGGGUCGUUGAUACUCCUAUCACAGAAGCUGGAUUCACUGGACUCGGAGUUGGAGCAGCUCUGUAUGGGCUCAGGCCAGUCAUUGAAUUCAUGACCUUUAAUUUCUCAAUGCAAGCUAUCGAUCAUAUCAUCAAUUCUGCAGCAAAAAUCAAGUAUAUGUCAGCAGGAGAUGUGCAUUGUCCAAUAGUAUUUAGAGGGUUAAAUGGUUCAAGUGCAGGAGUAGCUGCCCAACAUUCUCAAUGUUUUGCUGCUUGGUACUCUCACUGCCCAGGUCUCAAGGUCGUUGCCCCAUACACUGCAGAAGAUGCUAGAGGUCUCCUCAAGGCAUCUAUUAGAGAUGACAACCCAGUUGUCUUCCUUGAGCAUGAGCUCAUGUAUGGAAAAGAUUUUGAUAUCUCCGAAGAAGCCCUUGAUAAAGACUUCACUAUCGAAAUUGGUAAAGCCAAAAUCGAAAGGGAAGGAACUGAUGUGACCAUCGUUGGAUUCUCAAGAAGUGUUGAUCACUCUCUCAAUGCAGCCAAGAUUCUUCAUGAAGAACAUGGUAUCAGCGCUGAAGUCAUCAACCUGAGAUCAAUUAGACCCCUCGAUAGAAAAACAAUUAUUGAAUCAGUCAAAAAGACUAACAGAUUAGUUACUGUAGAAGAUGGAUGGCCUCAAAGUGGUGUAGGAGCAGAAAUUUGUGCAUUAAUGAUGGAGACCUCUGCAUUCGACCACCUCGAUGCACCAGUCGAGAGAAUUACCGGAGCUGAUGUCCCAACCCCAUAUGCCAUCUCCAUUGAAGAGUUAGCCUUCCCAUCUGCUGAUAUUGUAGUCAAAGGAGCCUUGAGAACCUUAGAAAGAAAAAUAUAAAUUUUAUAUCCCAAUUUAAAUACGAACAUAUCAACUUA